AUGUCUGUCGAACGUCCUGAUAUUUUUAAGUCUGGAUGGCUGUACAGAAGUUCACAUCCUCAAAAAGGUCUCAAAUGGAAACGAGGUUGGACAGUAUUGAGUCGGGAUGGUGCAUUACGUUUUUUCCCCGAUAUAUCAUCAACAGUCGCCGACGAUCUAAUAUAUUUAACUGAUCCAUCGCUGACUAUUCUUACUAGUGAACAAUUACAGACAAUUAUUCAGCUUCCAAAAGAUGUUCAAAAACUAAAUCAGAAUCCGAUAUUUAAACUAGCCACAACAUCCAAACAAUGGUUAAUGUCAGCUGAGAGUGAUGAUGACCUGAUUGCAUGGAAAACAAUGUUUGAGAGUGUGAAAUCAAACCAUGCAACAAAUUUACUUUAUACAAAUAUACCAAAUUUACAAAUAAAUUCAGCAAAACAAAUAAUUUAUUUUCAUGAUGAACAUGUUCCAUCUUACAUUUUCUUUUCGGACACGAGCGGACAUCAAAAUACAGUUAUUAUACAAGAUCCAAGAGGAGGAAGCAGACGCUUUAACGAUGAUUUUACGAUUGGUGCACUUACUGGAAUGAUAAUAUGGCCAUUCUGGAUCCCGUUCUGCUUUCCUUGGGGCUGUUAA